UGUCCGUUUUCGCCACUUCACAGUUGGUUUCCCCUUUUAACGGGAGCGCAAAAUUCGUGAAUCUAUUUUCUUCAUUUUCCACAAUUUUCGUGAAUCAAAAAGGAAGAAAAAAGUGAACAUUAAAAUGCGUGAUAUUUAUAAAAUGUGUCGUAUAUGCCUUGGACAAGGUUCUCGCAAUAUUUUCGAGCAAACUUUGGGAUCAAAUUUGCAAAUAACUCGCGAUGAUUUAUCUAGAAUAGCAGAAAAGCUUCGUUUUGUGACAAUGUUGAAGAUCAACCCAAAGGAAAACCUUCCUCAACAAAUAUGUGACUUAUGCAUCGUACAACUCAACGUUUCAUAUAAUUUCAAGAAGCUUGCGUUGAAAAAUGACUUUCAAAUACGAAAUUAUAUGAUCGAAAAUGGGAUGAACUUAUCAAAAGACGAUGAUGAUCCAAUUGAAGCAACAACAGCUCUUGAAAUUCAUCAGAUUCAACACAAUGUCAUAAGAACAAAUCGCUAUCGCCAUCUUUUACCUCCAGAAAUUCGAAGAAAUUCUACAACGUCGUCAACAUCGGGGAUUUCGACAAUGAUCAUUAAUGGGCGUGAAAAUGAUGCAAUUCAAAAUAAUUCCACAAAUAACUUUGUUCAUCCUCGUCCAGUUGUGAGACCAAUUCAGAUCAAGGUCGAACCUGUUGAUCCUGAUGAGUUUAAAGAACCAAGUCCCGCAAUGACAUCUUCACCUUCAAAUACCAGUGAAGCUGUUUCCGUGAUAACUGUGCAGUCAAGUGAAGUUCCAAUGGUGUCCAUAAACGGUCUCGUUAAUAAUGAGAGCUUUAAUAACAAAACAAAAGGAAGCAAAACUCCUGCACCGCUGAGUGUGAAACUUGCUAAAGCAAGGAAAGAAGACGAAUCGAAAACACGUCAAGUUUCUAAUACUAAUCGAUCACUCCGGCCUCGAACAAAACAAACUAAAAUUGCGGAAAAAAGUAAAAUGAUCUCAAGAUCCAAAACGAAUUUAAAUCUUCGGAAUAUAAAAAAAUCUUCAAAAAACAUUAAAUUGACAACAUCUGUAAAGAUUCAAAUUAAGAAGAAACAAGUAAAGGAUAUUCAGCCUAAGAAAAGAGGUCGUCCAAGAACAGUUAAUGCAACAAUUUCUAAUUCAAAAAAGAAGAAUAAAGGUGCAGGAAACAAACGAUCAUGAGAUAUAAUUAAAAGAACAACAAAAAUUAGAACGCGGCGUGAAUCUUUCAAUCUUCGCAAACGACAUCUUAAACAUUCUUUAAGUAAUAUAAAUCAUCGAUACUUUAACUAAAUCGUGUAGCAAUUUGUUUCUGUUGACAUUGAAUUUGAAAAACUUUAAAAAAUUUGAUUGAUUGCAUUUUAACAUGCACUGGAAAACAGGAAAAAAAUUGUGAACUUUGUUUGAAAUCAAAAGAGAAUUUAUUUCUAAUAAUGAUUUUAAGUUUCUUUCUUCAAAAUUUUAUUGCCACGAGGAGAUUAAUAUUAUUAACAAAAACGUUAGAUAUUAAGUAUAGAAACUGUAAAAUAUAUAACGAGAAUAUUAAAUCAUAUCCAUAAGAUGUAAUUGAGUAAAAGUUUUAAGACAUGAUUUCAAACAACUUUGUCAAAUUAAAAGGUUCUCAUUAUUCUUUGCAAUAGAUUUCUUAAAUUAAUAAUCCUUUAAAUAGUUUAACAUAUUGGCGCAAUAUUAUGGAUCACGUGUAAUUAACAAACUUAUUUACAUUUGACUUUAUUAUUUUAAGAUAGCCAAAAUUUACAUCUUUUACAAUUAAUCUAUUUAUAUUUAAUGAAUUCAUUUUAAUUUUACAAAUACAACUGGCUAUGUACAAAAGAAAUGAAUGAAAUUGCAAAAUAAAAACAUUAGAAAGGAAAAGAAACUUUACACA